ACCAGCGGGCCGAGGCCUCGGACCCACGCUCCGCCGCACGUCACCAUGGCCCCGAAGCUGCUGCUACUCCUCUGCCUGCUCUCUGGCUUGCACGCGCGGUCAAGAAAGGUGGAAGAGGAGGAAUAUGAAGAUUCUUCAUCUAACCAAAAGUGGGUCUUGGCACCAAAGUCCCAAGACACUGAUGUGACUCUGAUUCUCAACAAGUUGCUGAGAGAAUAUGACAAAAAGCUGAGGCCAGAUAUUGGAAUAAAGCCAACUGUCAUCGAUGUGGACAUUUAUGUUAACAGCAUUGGUCCUGUGUCAUCAAUAAACAUGGAAUACCAAAUUGAUAUAUUUUUUGCUCAGACCUGGACAGACAGUCGCCUUCGAUUUAACAGCACGAUGAAAAUCCUUACUCUGAACAGCAACAUGGUAGGCUUGAUAUGGAUCCCGGAUACAAUCUUCCGCAAUUCUAAAACGGCAGAGGCUCACUGGAUCACCACCCCUAACCAACUCCUCAGAAUAUGGAAUGAUGGAAAAAUCCUUUACACACUAAGGCUCACCAUCAACGCUGAGUGCCAGCUGCAGCUUCACAACUUCCCCAUGGAUGAGCACUCGUGCCCGCUGAUAUUCUCCAGCUAUGGCUACCCCAAAGAAGAAAUGAUUUAUAGAUGGAGAAAAAAUUCAGUUGAGGCAGCUGAUCAGAAAUCAUGGCGGCUCUAUCAGUUUGACUUCAUGGGCCUCAGAAACACUACAGAAAUUGUGACAACAUCUGCAGGUGACUAUGUUGUCAUGACAAUAUAUUUUGAGUUGAGCAGAAGAAUGGGAUACUUUACUAUUCAGACAUACAUUCCCUGUAUACUGACUGUGGUUCUGUCCUGGGUAUCUUUCUGGAUCAAAAAAGAUGCUACACCAGCAAGAACAACAUUAGGUAUCACCACGGUGCUAACCAUGACCACACUCAGCACCAUCGCCAGGAAGUCCCUGCCUCGUGUGUCCUAUGUGACCGCCAUGGACCUCUUUGUGACCGUGUGCUUCCUGUUUGUUUUUGCCGCUCUGAUGGAGUAUGCCACCCUCAACUACUACUCAAGCUGCAGAAAGCCAAGCACCACAAAGAAGAGGUCAUCAUUAUUACAUCCAGACUCCUCUAGAUGGAUCCCUGAGCGCAUAAGCCUACAAGCACCCUCUAACUACUCUCUUCUGGAUAUGAGGCCUCCACCACCCGUGAUGAUCACUUUAAACAAUUCCAUGUACUGGCAGGAAUUCGAAGAUACCUGUGUCUACGAGUGCCUGGACGGCAAAGACUGUCAGAGCUUCUUCUGCUGCUAUGAGGAGUGUAAAUCGGGAUCUUGGAGAAAGGGCCGAAUUCACAUAGACAUCUCUGAGCUGGACUCAUACUCGCGGGUCUUUUUCCCCACGUCUUUCCUGCUCUUUAACCUGGUCUAUUGGGUUGGAUACCUGUACCUUUAAAUGUUGCUCUUGGAGAUCAGUGAGGAGCACUCAGUUCACAUACAUACUUUCCAUUCUGUCACACCCCACCCCACCAGCAAUGACCAACUGAGAGUAGCAAGGAAGGACAGUGCUCAAUUUAUUAGAAACUACUGUCCAGUAGCAUGGGAAGUAUCUGGCAAACAUUCCUAACAAAUACUUCACUUGCUCACUCACAAGUGUAUACAUAUGCACACACACACACACUCACACACACACACACACACACACACACAAUAGUUGAAUUAUAAGUUGACAUUAUUGCAAAUCCCUUCUUGAUGCUAAAGUUUAGUGAUGUUUUUGAAUUGUGUGGGUUAUUGGAAGCUGCUGAGCACCCUGCCAAGACUCAUGGAAAAUAUGACAACAAAUAUUUGAGGGGUUCUAGCACCACCAUCCCUUAUGUAUGUUUCUUAUGUGGGCCUUGUCAUCAGCACUCGUGUGUGCAGAAUCUCUCCUGGAGGAGACAAGCUCAUGCUGACUUCUGACCUGUGCUCACAGUACUUUGGGAUCCAGCUUGAACUUCAGUGAGCUUGGUCCCCUCUCUGAUGCCUCUUUUUCCCUGGCACCAUUGUCCUUGGUGAGCCUCCCUUUAUCUCCCUUCUCUGGGUCUGGGAGGAUGGGAAAAUAUACAUGCACUGUCCACAAGCUUCCAUUUGAGGAAAAACCAUAUAACUUUCAAAACUUAUAUUGCUGAAAUCCAAGCUAUUGAUUAUGUCUGAACAUUAUGAGGUUAUUAUUUUGUUCUGGACUACUGUGAACCAACAAUGUUUGGACAUUUGCUUCUCUGAUUAGUUGACUUGAGUCCAACACUCCCCCCUAAUAGCUGUGUUUUGCUGGGCCAAAUCUCAACUCCAUAGUUAUAUGUCUAGCUCACAUGAUUGUUAAGGGUUAAUUGCCCUCAUCUUGUAAAGUCAGAUAUACAACAUGUACAGGCCAUUUUUUUUUGAAAACAUAUUCCAGAGUGUGAAAGGAAUGUAGAUAGGAUUUCAAAAAUUUCAUAAUAAACAUUACUUUUCAACCCAAACCAACUUUAAAUGCAAAAAGGAUAAUGGCUAUCAUUAAUUACAUAUUUUGAUGAAUAAAAAUUAUUUUAUACUUUGAAAUAUGAAUACAUAGAAAAAUCCCUAAGAAAAAGUCCCAUGAAACCAGUGCUCUUUUGAUAUUUUUAUAACACAAAACAAAUUUGCUUCUGGAUAUAAGUUUUUUGCCAUAACUGAAUGGUAGUUGUUUGCAGGACUCUGAGAGAAUUGGGAAAAAUGCCCUUCCUACUCAAUAACAUUGCUUUGGAACUAUUAAAAUUUUAGAAGCAGAA